AUGGAUGACUAUUUCAAGCAGCCACUUCUCUCUCCAAGAGAAGAUGACCAGCCAGCGAAUUCAUCAUUCAUUCGCCAGUCAAACCCGUCUUUCGCUUCAUCGUUCGUCGCUGACGGCGAUGACAUUCCUCCGAUCGCCGGUGUUCGGGACUUCUUCAAAGAAUUCAUGAUUGAAUCGAGAAAGUUAUGGUACCUAGCCGGACCGGCCAUCUUCACUUCUAUUUGCCAAUACUCCCUCGGAGCCAUCACACAAACCUUCGCUGGCCAGGUUGGCACCCUCGAACUUGCCGCCGUCUCCAUCGAAAACUCCGUCAUUGCCGGUUUCUCCUUCGGCAUCCUGCUUGGUAUGGGGAGUGCACUUGAGACGCUAUGUGGCCAAGCGUAUGGUGCAGGUCAUUUAGACAUGCUUGGGGUUUACAUGCAAAGAUCAUGGGUUAUACUAUUCGUCACCGCUUUUAUUCUAACGAUUUUCUACAUUUUCGCCGCCCCACUUUUGCAUUUGAUCGGCCAAACGGACGAUAUAUCGGCGGCGGCCGGGAAACUGGCGGUGUGGAUGAUCCCUCAGCUCUAUGCUUAUGCUCUGAAUUUUCCUAUAGCCAAGUUUUUACAAUCACAGAGUAAGAUGAUGGUCAUGGCGUGGAUUUCAGCCGUUGUAUUGGCUCUGCACACUUUGUUAAGUUGGUUGUUUAUGCUUAAAUUGGGUUGGGGCCUGGUAGGCGCCGCCGUGGUUUUGAACGCCUCGUGGUGGUUCUUGGUGGUGGCCCAGCUGGUUUAUAUAUUCAGUGGGACCUGCGGUAGAGCUUGGUCCGGAUUUUCUCUCAAGGCUUUUCAAAAUCUAUGGGGAUUUGUCAAAUUGUCGAUGGCUUCAGCAGUAAUGCUUUGCUUGGAAACAUGGUAUUUUAUGGCUUUAAUCCUCUUUGCCGGUUAUUUGAAAAACGCAGAAGUUGCAGUCGACGCUUUAUCGAUAUGCACAAACUUGUUGGGAUGGGCAAUGAUGGUAGCCAUUGGAUGCAAUGCAGCAAUAAGUGUGAGAGUGUCAAACGAACUUGGGGCUGCUCAUCCAAGAACUGCGAAAUUUUCUGUGGUAGUCGUGGUGAUAUCUUCGUUUGUGAUUGGCCUCGUCAUAUCCCUAAUCCUCAUCAUCUUCCGACAACAGUAUCCUUCUUUAUUUUCGAAUAGUACGAUAGUGAAGAAGGUCGUAUAUGAUCUCACACCUUUGCUUGCAUUCUGUAUCAUCGUCAACAAUAUUCAACCCGCUCUUUCUGGAGUUGCCAUUGGAGCAGGAUGGCAGGCUCUAGUUGCUUAUGUGAAUAUUGCAUGCUACUAUUUGAUUGGUAUUCCUGCAGGUCUCCUAUUGGGCUAUAAACUCAACAUGGGAGUCAAAGGUAUCUGGAUUGGAAUGGUAGGAGGAACAAUUAUACAAACAAUUGUCCUGAUCUUCAUAAUUUACAAAACUAACUGGAAUAAAGAGGCCUCGAUUGCGGCAAAGAGGAUCAAACAAUGGGGCGGAGAGCCAGAUGUGGCUAAUGAUGUAGAGAAACGAACUCGAGAGGAGGAUUCAAGCAAGGAUCCAAUUGCAAAAGCCGAGCUCUAG